CCACGCAGGCACGGGGAGAACAUGCAAACUCCACACAGGCGGGGACGGGGAUUGAACCCCGCACCUCAGAACUGUGAGGCUGACGCUCUAACCAGUCGGCCAUCGUGCCGCCAUAUAUGUACAUAGUCAGGGAAAUUGUUUGUUCUAGAUGAUCCAUCCAUCCAUCCAUAGCUACCGUUAAUCCUGUUCAGGUUUGCGGGGAGCUGGAGCCUAUCCCAACUGACAUCCAGCAAAAAUACCCACAAAAGCGGGUAUUACCUGGUAUUUUGAGGCACUAAUAUUUCUAGUACCUAGUCAGCCAGGAUUCCAAGCGUGUCUGAUAUACUGUACGUGUUAUAUAAGUUAUUUAAACCUCUGCAGGUUUCUCAUUGGUCUUACUUAGAAACUUGGAAAACACCGCUUUCAAAUGGUCAUUGGCUCAUUCCGUGCCGAUGCUUGAGAACUGAAGCAAUGCCUCAUGAAAUCGUUUCAUUCUCUUUCUAUAACCCUGUAACUAUACUGUAGUUACAGUAAGUAUUGUUGUAAAACACAACAUAUGUAUACUUUAUGGACUAUUUGUUUGGCUUGACAUUGUUGCCAUUCAGCUGAUUUGAGUGGGUGAGUACCAACCACGUUUUGUUGGUUGCGCCCUCUCGGCAACGGGCUUGCAGCAGCCCCGUUUCUGAUGAGGGGAAUGCCGGCGUUGUCCGACUGUCGCCUCUUGUUGUUCAGGCAGCACUCUUGCACCAGCCGCGAAAAUAGCGGAGCUGGUGGACUGGACGAUGGUGCCCUACGACUGGAUGGAUGGCGGAUGGGCUGAGCUCAGCGAAGAGCGUCGGCAAAGUGGCGCGGACGAGUUGAGGAGCGAUGCGAAGCUAGAUGGAACUGGAGAGUGGAGACAUUCUUUCUGUAUGUAUGAAGCGGAGGAUGUCUCCAUGGGGAGCCAGCUUUGGAAAUGGGCGAAGCAGUGACCCUGCCGCCAUGGCAUCAGGACCUCCAGAUGCGAUGGCCAAUCAGGAGCCUGCUGAGGUCGCGGAAGACUGCUCAGGAAAGAAGAAGUCCAAGUUCCAGACUUUCAAAAACUUCUUUGCAAGGAAGAAGAAAAAGGAGCCAUCGGGAGAUCACGCAGAGCUUAAAGGCAGCCAGUCGAGUGACAGUAUCAGUAAAACAUCCGAAAACAAUACUCUCAGGCGCUCGGAGAAAGAGAGAGGGUCAAAGAUUAGCCUGGGGAGUAAGGCCUUGUCACACGACUCUGUCUUUGUCUCGGACUCGUCGGAGGCCAACGAGGCUCUGGGGGCUUCUCAGGAUAGCAUUCAUGGGAAAGUGAAAUUUCUUCAGCUCCAGCUGAAGCAGGCCAUCAGACUGGGCUCUCCUCCAUCGCUGAUGUGCGUGAAGAGGGCAGAAGAUGCCGGCACCACGUCGGAGGACGACGGUCUACCCUGCAGCCCCCCUGAGUACACGUCACCACAUGUAGCUAUGAAUCAGACUCAGAGGAACAGCUCCAUCAGCCUGGAGGGAGUAGACAGUGAUGAAGACCAGAGAGCUGCAAGGUGGCUUGCUCAACAUGCCUUGGUCAUCAACCCUCCACCAGUGUUUGACAUGGUUCUAAGCAGAUUGUCAUGUGCUGCCUCCAGCAGAGCAGUGAGUCCCCUGGUGACAGUUCCGGGGGAUUUCAGUCAGCCUGCCAGCCCCUUUGGCUGUCUGGAUAACUCUGCUGCCAAACACAAGCUGGGCCUGAGACAUAAGGCCUGCAACAGGAGGAAACCCGCCAAUAGGAUUGAGAUUAAAUCAGAGGAACACAAUGGGAUAGAUGAAUCGUUGAGCAUCCCCUUCCCAGAAUGUUUAGAGGCGCAAGACGAAGAAAAGAUAAGAGAUCCAAAUGGAGAUGAGCCGAAACAACAGUUGGAAGAGGAGGACGAAUGUCACGAGAACGAGCAGCUCUUCUUGCAGGGAGCAGAGGGAGAGGAGUCGGAAGCAGAGGAGGAUUUGUCACUCGCUCAUCUCUGUCAAUCAGAGAUGGUAGCUGCUGACACGCAACCUCCACCCUCCCCCGAACUCAGUACCAGAAGCUCCUCUCUGGACAGUCCCGGAGCAACACUAGAGCCUCCUGCUGGCCACAUAGACUUCCUGGAUCACUCACUUGUGAAAGAAAAAGAGGAGAACAUGGAUGGACCAGAUCUGGGAGAAGAAGAUGGACUCGGGGACGGUGUGGCGGGAGACUUCUUACAGGAAGUGCUAAGCUCCCUAAAGAAACCGCUACCUUCUUGCUCUCCAUGUGUGGACUCUGAGGAUCUUGUCCUGGAGAUAAAGGAAGAAAAAAAGGAGACAGAAGAUGAACAAGAGGUGAAAAAUGAGCCUGCAUUUCAUCAAGUUGCUCCUUGUGAUGCUCUCCUGUUGGAUCAGUCCAGCGAGGAAGAAGAAGAGGAGGAGGAGCUAGCCACUUUGAGCAAUCCUUCUCUACAUGUUGAUGAAAAGGAGGAAAGUGAAGAUGAUGAUGAAAAAGAAGAGGAAGAGGAGGUGGAAGAGGAGGAACUUGUCGUAGAAAGAUUCAGUCAAUGUUGUAUCCAGUUAGAGGACACAGGAGAGUACGACGCACCACAAGAAGUCAAACCCGAAGAGCAACAGCACCACUGGGAAGAGCAAGAAACUGAGGCAAGUGAGGAAGAACAAAAGGGGACAGAUCUUGAACCGGAGGGAGAAGGUCAAGAGGUGAGCGUGGCAGAGGAGGUAGAAGAAAAACAACACUGGAUAGAGGAGGCAGGAGAAGAAGAGUGGGACAUGCUUCCUGAUGAAAUAUGCCAUGAAGUUUGUAAUGUAUCCAUAUUGACGGAGGAAAAAGAACAUGCUGAUGCCAUGAAGAACGCAGAAUGCACACGUGAUGGUGAAACACCUCAAGAGCCAUGUGAUGGGGUAGCCGACAGCCAAGUGUCUCCCAACGAAAAUGACCGUGAAAGGCAAGCGAGAGAGAGUGGAGCGGAGGACGAGGAUGACAUAAAGCACAUAGAGCCACAUUCAGAACCACAGGAAGAAGCAGACCUGGACAAGGAUGAAAAUGUGGUGCGGGAAGAAGUACUGGAGAUGAAAGAAGAAAUAGAAGCAAAGCAAAUAAUAUCACCCUUUUCCUCGUCUUCACACGCUCCUUCACAAGACAACGAGGCCCUCGCUCUCAGUACAACAACCACCCUCAGUGGGACUAACACUCCCAUUGAGACCAUCACUCCUCAAGAGACCAUGGUUCCCUGUGAGACUGUCACUCCUAGAGAGACCACCAUUCCCACCGAGACCCUCCCUCCCACCGAGACCAUCCCUCCUGCUGAGAACAACACCCCCACUGAGACCUCCAACGCAGCAACCACCGCUGUCCACAUGAACCUUGUCUCGCCAAACUCCGAGUCGAGAACCUUUGCCUUUCAGCUGUCUCCGACCGAUGAAGAUUGCAAAGUGUCUUCUUCGAAUUCAACGACAGAGCAACAUGCUGUUGAAGAAGCCGCUGACACUGUUACAGAAAUACAAGAAGAGCAGGUGACCCAGAUCUGUGAUACAGCAGCUGUUGUAGAAGAAGCCAUGCCUUCUUCACCUGAGGACGAAGUCGCCAACCAGUCCCUCGAAGGUCCCGAUGAGAGCAAAGUUUGCUUCACCAUCGCACCCACCUGGCAGAGAUCUCUCUCUGGUGGGGAAGACAAAGAGACCCCAUCCUCUUCAUCAGCGCCAACCCCCAGCGCAGGGCCUGGACAUGGGGAUGUGGAGGCGACCACCAAGGAAGACCCACAGGUGGAUGCCCAGAUGGAGAACUUAGUGAAAACAACAGUGGCUGGAGGCACUGCUGCCAAACCUGCAAAUACUGUGGUCCAAGAGCCAUUCAGAGCUCAAACCUCAGCUGUUGCAGCCAAAGAAGGUAGCUCUGUUGUGAUAGAGGGAAACUACCACUCUCCCUUUGGAGUUCGUCUGAGGAAGACAGCAGUUCUGCACCGCUUCAGCUCGGAAGAGGAAAAUACAGAGGCACCCAUUGAGCCUCCAGUGGAGCCUGUUAGUUGUAAAGCUGAGGCGACCAGUUUCAAACCCUCCAUAAGUCAACCAGUGGGCACCAAACCUGCCCUUCCCAAGAAACCAGAUGUCCACGGGGACACUGGGGUGAAAACCAAGCGUGUCUCAGAGCCUGCUGCAGCACCUGGUGCUUCUGCUGGAUCUGACGGUCCCAGCUGGAUCUCCGUGGCCAGACAGAAACAAAAGAUCUAUAAAGAGAAUUCACUGGACGAGAUGACAGUUAAGAAGGAGGAACAAGACAGAAAGUCUUCAGUGCCUACGUACGUCAGCUCAGCAUUGAAAAAGGAACUCUGUACCAAAACACCUGAAUUCACUGGAAGAGUGGUGAUGGAUAGGCUGACAGAUGAGGUUAGACUGGAAUCCCCAUGGACCAUGAUGUUCGCAGAUGACAUUGCGAUCUGCAGUGAAAGCAGGGAGCAGGUGGAGGAACAGUUAGAAAGAUGGAGGCAUGCACUGGAAAAGAAAGAAAUGAAGAUUAGCCAAAUGAGUUUGUCAGAGAUCAGUAAGCCUUCAUCAUCUACAGAAAAUGAGACCAAGAAGUCUCUGUCCCCUGUGACUCCAGUGCCACCUCAACCGCCUAAAUCUCAGCCUCUUCCCUGCCCUGUAAACCCCAAACCACCACUUCCUUUGGCCACGUCCAAACCUGCACCACAGGCCGCCCCCUCCCAUCGAUCCUUAUCCCCUCCUAUUCCUGUUCCAGUUACCAUAAAACCUCCUCCUACUUCCAACCCGUCUGCUCUGUCCAAAACCUCUGCAGAAUUCAAGCCAGCGCAGACCCAGAGCCUGGCACUCACCUCGCCUCCUUUUUCAUCAAGAAUCAACCCUCCACUCCCAGCUUCAAGAGUUCCAGCACUUUCUGGUCCAUCGACUGCAUCUCAGCGCAGUCUUCCGCCUCCGUCUUUGUCCCAGGAUGAGCCACCAUGGAUGGCUCUGGCCAAGAAGAAGGCCAAAGCCUGGAGCGAGAUGCCUCAGAUAGUUCAGUGACAGCCGUGGCUUACAGAAGCUCCGGUACUCUGGUCCAGUGUGACCUGUGCAUUGAAGGUCCAGAAGGCUCACAUUUGAUGACUUGACUCUACCGAGAGUCUGAAUGGACCGCAAUGCAUUUGCACAUUAAUGAAAUGUUAUUGUUCUCUCUUGCUUCUUGUUUCUAUGCAUGUCUCACACUAAUUCUUUAUUUCCCUAUAUUGUACAGCAAUGUUACAUCAAUGACAGGGUAAGACAGUAUAUACGGAUGUAGAUAACUUGAAAGGUUUAUCCACAGGUGUGCACUUUUAGUGUCUAAUAAAGUGCCUGUUUGAGAAAAGAGGUAUUAUUAGGUAUAAUACAAUUUUGUGAGAGAUGCUGAAUAACUAUAAUGGCCAAACAAACAAAAAAAGAGAGUAAAAUUCCAAGGGAAAAAUCACGUGUAAUCUUGGAAUAAAGUUUUAUUUUGUUGAGGGAAAGUAAGCAUAAUUUUAACAAGUGAAUGUCAAAAUUCCCAAAGAAAUAUAAAUGCAAGAGCCUCAGACCUGCUACGGUAUAUAUAAGUCGGGAAAUCUCAACAUUUCUGGUUCCAUAAGAUCCUCAAAUGUUGUCAUUGUAAAACAGUUUAUACUCGUAUUACGGUAAUGUGACUAUUCUUGUGGGGGGAAAAAUCUCAAGCGCCGACUUCAUGCUCAUACAUAAUUAUUUUCCUCAUAUUACCACUAUUCCUGUCAAGUUACACUUUUUUUUCCUCGUAACUAUAAUUUAUUCUCGUAAUCACAUAUUUUAUAAACUUUCUUGAAUAUUCCUUGGCAUGAAAGCGAUGGAGGCACUGCAAAGUGAUUCCUGCCCUAACAGAGGCCAAGACAGACGAAGUCAAAGCCAAGACUGUGUGCUUAUUUUAGGAUUUAUUGUAAGGUCACAAAGUCACAUUUUUGAGGAAUUUAACCAGAUUUGAACAGCACCUAAUUAACUGACCAAAAAUGUGCUGCUGGUGUUUCAUCUAAAUGUUCUAAUCUGCAUUUCCUUAAGGGGCCAGCACAACUUUUCAGGUGGUCAAUGUAUUUUUAAAUCUUUGUUUCCACAAGUUAUAUGAUCUUAAAGUGUUUAAUACAUGGAUUUAAGUCAUUUUAUUAUUUUUUUUUACUGCAGUAUCAUGUUGGAAUCCUUAUGAGGGUUGUUUGAUUUGUAAUCACUACCAAAUGUACAGUAUGUCAAUGAUACAGAAAAUCUUAUACAAAAGCAGCACUCAGCCAUUUGGAGAUUUUGAUGCUCUGCUAAUGCAGAGAAAACUAUCAAGGACGGCAGGAGACAUUCUAUUGGCAUCAGAUUAAUCUUUCUCACAGUAGAUAUUCAGUUGUAUGUUUUUUAUUUCGUAUUAACUUUUGAGUAUUUUUGUGUACAUAAAUGGUGCAGUAAAUAAAUAAAAUCAAUUUUUUCUGUG